AUGGCCGACCCUGCUGCUGCCGUCGCGUCAACUCAGCUGCCUUCUCAGGCACCAGCCGGUAACGGAAACCCAGGCCAAAACGGCCAGGGAAACUCGUCUCACUUGCCACCACCUCCGCUACACAUCCCGCAGAAUACGAAUCCCAUUCCUACUGCCAUCACAUCUCCCCUCGCUGGCGGUGACAAUGCCGGGAUGAUGUCACCGGGUGGUUCAAAUAGUUUUCGACGAGCAGCUCCCGAGCCUAACAAGCGGGCACUGUACGUUGGCGGCCUGGAUCAACGUGUCACUGAGGACGUGCUUCGCCAGAUCUUCGAGACUACCGGCCACGUACAAAACGUCAAAAUUAUACCCGACAAAAACGCCAAAGGAUUCAACUAUGGAUUCAUCGAGUAUGACGACCCUGGUGCUGCUGAGCGUGCGAUGCAGACACUAAACGGGCGCCGAGUUCAUCAGUCUGAGAUCCGGGUCAACUGGGCCUAUCAGUCAAACACUACUAGCAAGGAAGACACGUCCAGCCAUUUCCACAUUUUCGUCGGCGACCUGUCCAACGAAGUCAACGAUGAGAUUCUAACCCAAGCGUUUUCUGCCUUUGGCACUGUAUCCGAGGCCCGCGUCAUGUGGGAUAUGAAGACCGGGCGAACUCGAGGAUACGGUUUCGUGGCCUAUCGAGAUAGAUCGGAUGCAGAAAAGGCGCUGAGCUCCAUGGAUGGCGAAUGGCUCGGAUCGCGGGCCAUUCGAUGCAACUGGGCAAAUCAAAAGGGGCAACCUUCCAUCGCCCAACAACAAGCGAUGCAGGCUAUGGGCAUGACGCCAACGACGCCUUUUGGACACCAUCAAUUCCCAGCUCACGGCGUGGCCAGUUAUGAUGUCAUCCUCAACCAGACCCCGAACUGGCAGACGACUUGCUAUGUCGGCAACUUGACGCCCUAUACCACGCCAACCGACAUUGUGCCCCUUUUCCAGAACUUUGGCUUCGUAGUCGAGUCACGUUUCCAAGCUGAUAGAGGUUUCGCCUUCAUCAAGAUGGACACGCACGAGAACGCUGCCAUGGCCAUCUGUCAGAUGAACGGCUACAACGUCAAUGGCCGACCGCUCAAAUGCAGCUGGGGCAAAGACAAGGCCUCUAACGCUCAAGGAAACUUCGAUAAUGCCCAGCCUUACAGCCCCCAAGGCUCUCAGACACCCGGUUUCCCAGCAACACCCACAUACUAUCCCCAAUAUGGCGCCCAGUAUGGUGGCCAACCUGGCAACUUCGCCGGGCCUCAGGGCGGAUCGCCCGCAGGCUACGGCGGCUCCCCCAUGGGAUACAGUAGCCCUCAGAACACGGGUAGUUUUGGCCGAGGCCAACAAGGCCCCAACGGCCAGUGGAACCAACCUACCCCUGGUCAGAACUUUAACAACAACGGGUUUGGUGGCUAUCAGUCUUGA